AUUUGUUUAUAGCGUUAAAGGUUUUCAGCUUUCAUUUUCCCUGCUUCAUCACUAAUUUUGUCCAUCAGUAUGGCUAUAAACAACAUUCGAGAAAAACUUGAUGAUGAUCAACUGGACUUGAGUAUGAUGAAUUUAAAAGAAGUUCCAUUGAAAGACAUCGCAAGCGUCCCUCGUGCUACAACCUUGGAUCUUUCUAACAACCUACUCAGGAAUCUCCCAUCAAACUUUGGAUCUCAACUGACUCAUCUGGUCAAGCUUGAUCUUUCCUCCAAUAAGUUAACUUCUUUACCAUCAACUUUCCAUCUCUUGGUUAAUCUGAAGCAUCUAGACCUCUACAACAAUCAGCUGAAAGACCUUCCUCCAUCUCUGCAUCACCUGAAGCAUCUCCGGUUUUUGGAUAUUAAAAAUAAUCCUCUGAAUCCUGAGCUGCAGAAAAUAAUUGGCCAGUGUCUAACUCAGAAGGAGUGUGAGAGUGCUGCUAAAAAACUUAUUGCUCAUUUUACCAGAGAGAAAAAUCUUGCUCUCAGUCAAGAGAUGGCCAACAAAGCUAAGGAGGCUCAUGAACAACAGCAACAACAGCAGCAGCAAAAGGUGGAAUCUGAUGCGCUGCGUCAGAGAACUGAGAAGAAAACUGUGAAGAAAGACAAGCAGCCUGAAAAGAAACAAACAAAGACUCAAGUUGAAACUAACUCUUCCACAAGGAAUACUGGCAGCAGUGGAGGCUCCUUUACUUCGAAAUCAUCCAACAACAAGAAUAGAAGACAGGCUGCUGGUGAGAGGAGCAGUGGCAGCAGCUGGUGUUCAUUCAUGGGUCUAAUAAACCUGAUGCUGAUGGCCUGCAUUGCCACAGCUGCAGGCUGGUGCCUACACCUCCACCUGGAAGGGGACUACAGCCAGGCAGGUUGGCAGGCUGCUGUUCCCCGCUUCCAAAAGAGUUUCCAAAAACUCCAGAAUUUGACCGCCGAAGCGCUCCAGCCUGAAAACUUGAAGAAAACUGGACAAGUCAUGUACAAGAGUGCCAGCGUCUCCCUUGGCUACGCUGGUGACGCAGUGCAGAAGACAGCUUACGCAGCUCAAGAUUACCUCGAGGUCUACACUGGAGAUCUAACGCCAUACACUUCGCAAGUGUCGCGCGUGAGCAGACAAGCAUAUGAGUGGACAACAGUUCAAUGCGGUGCUGUGUACGAGUGGCUGCUGAAGCAGGACUGGCAAGGCAUGUGGGACGCCACUGUCACUUUCUGCUACGCCAUUUUGAAUAAACUCCAGGAGUGGUGGACGGAGCUGCUGAAGAAUCCCACGGUGAGGUCAGCUUGGAACGCGCUAUGCGAGUUCACAGUCUCAGCCAUUGCCUACAUACGGCAGUUGAUGCACUCGCUCAUAGGCUACCUUUACAACGUCGGCCCCGUUUGGGCAAAGAUUAUACGAGACAAUACAAUGAGUGCCGUAACUUCCGUCAAGGACAGUGUGCAGUCGAUGCUCAAGUAGCCUUAACCUCAUCUAUUAUCAAUAUAUGCCUUUUGUCUGUACAUUUUAGCUUCGUUUGGCAGUGUUCGAGUGAUUAACUUCUAUUUUAAAUCGUACGUUCUGGAGAAAUGAAUAUCUCUACAUUCAAUAGUAGAGCUUAUAACUCUUGAGAACUGCGCGUGGUUCUUGUUGCGUUUAUAUUCUGACUUUCCCUUGAGUUGGUUUAGCUUAAUCAUCCAAAACGAAUAUGAAUGCUACGCUAAAAUUGUGGCGCUAUUUGUAUGCUUUUUUUGAUUGAACAAUUUAUCUUUGCUAUCAAUAGGCUUUACAUUAAAACGCAUAUCGCGUUCUUGAACUUGAAUGUUGGACGCGCGGUACUGUUUGCUAGCUUGUGUUUCUAAGCAAAUUUGUUCGUGGUUAUUGCAUCAGAAAACGCUAUGAUGUAGCUAACCCAUUUGAUAGUACGUUCAUGUAUUUUUAACUGCCCUUGCGCGAGUAAGUUCAGACACUUUCUGGCGCUAAAAUGUUAAAUGUUUUUCAUACUUCAUUGGCUGUCAGGCUUUUUGUAUGACAGAGCUUGGAGACUCGAGUUGAAGAUAACUUUUUCUAGGAUUAGAUGUAAUAUUAUAUAUUUAGUUGACUGCUCGCAGAAUAAUUUAUCGUAAUUACUUUUCUUACCCUAUUGUUAGAUUUUUUUUCCUAGACCCAUACCCUUUCCAAGUCACAACAACUUGAAUAUCAUCUCUCAUUUACACUAAGAUUUAUCCUAACCAUUGUGUCCAUCUAUUGAUUAUCCUACCUAAAUGAUUCAUACAUAUUCAGCUGACUAAUCAUUAAUCUUUAUUGCCUUGAUCCUUCACAAGUCUUUUCGUCCCCUCCACACAUGAAAGUCCCUUUUGUAUUCACGUGCUGGCAGUGUUGGUCACCAGCACCUUCAAUGGCUGGUAAUUAACCGAGGGCCGGCAGUGUGGUGUACGGUGCACACUAAGGGCAUCAUGACUACACUUUCCUCAGAGUCUGGGCAUAUAUGUGGCUCCUGUUUUUUUCUAAUUUUUCAUUAUCAAUUUUAUUUUACGGAAUUUCUGUUGUUUAAAAAUCUCUGCCUUCAAAUGUUUUUUAACCAUCUAAAUUUUCCACUAAUUUGCUCGCGAUGGUCUUUCGUUAUUUUAUGGUCUCAUUUGUAGAAUCUACAAUUCUAUGCGUUGUUCGCUGAACCAUUGGUCAAGAUUUUAUUGAAAAUUGAAAGAAUCUAUUAGAAUUAUAUUGGAAUUGAUUUUUGACUGAAUAUUUCUUUAGCUUUUCUACUUUGUUUAGCUUGCCCUGCAUAUAUCACAUUUUUUAUUUUUCUUUAUUUCUUAUUACGAAGCAGCAACCUAAUGUUGACUUUCAUUAAUAAAUUUUGUUAAAUUUACA